CAGCAUAGAUAAUGAAUGGAAGAGGACAAGAAAACAAAAAGGACAUGGCAUAUAAGAGGAUUUAAGACCUGGAACUCUUGGCUAUAACACGCCUGUAAAAAUGGGGCUUAUUCUCUCAAAACAGAAAUUACUGUAGCAAGUCAUCAAGUUUGGAGUCAUGCUGCUGAACUAGAAAUAAGUAUUUUUCUCUCUUUUCGGCCAGUAACAGAGCAUUGAUGGAUUAUGAUUUUCCCUAUUUGGAAACAUUCAUUUUACCCAUUUAGGCUAUCCUCAUGACUACAUAAGGAACAGACAGUUUCACACAAUAUUGAUCAUGAUGGGCAACUGAACUUGUCCAAACACACAAACGCAAAAAUGGCAGAUUUUGCAGACUUGGUUCCAAAUUGAACCAGAGCUUCCCAAUGCACUUUUUACAAUCUGGGAAUUGCUGUACUGUAUGGCCGCCUUCUGAAGACCAUGACGACAUAUAAAAUAAGGAUAUCAUCUUAUUGUUGAUAUCUUUGAAGAGUCAUAAGUAGAAUCAGAAAAAUGAAUGGAGGCAAGGAGUGUGAUAUUGGGGACAAGGAUGGAGGGCUGCCUGCAGUACAAGUUCCGGUUGGUUGGCAACGGCGAGUGGAUCAAAGUGGAGUUCUGUAUAUUAGUCCUAGUGGGUCUUUAUUGUCCUGUUUGGAGCAGGUUAAAACAUACCUGCUGACGGAUGGAACAUGCAAGUGUGGUUUAGAAUGCCCUCUCAUCCUUCCCAAGGUAUUUAAUUUUGAUCCUGGAGUUGCUGUGACACAAAGAACAGCUGAAGAUGUUAAAGCAGAUGAAGAUGUCACUAAGCUAUGCAUUCACAAAAGGAAAAUUAUUGCAGUGGCUACACUUCAUAAAAGCAUGGAAGCGCCACAUCCGUCUCUGGUUCUGACUAGUCCUGGAGGUGGAACAAGUGCAACUCCAAUAGUACCUUCACGAGCGACAACUCCAAGAUCAGUGAGGAAUAAAUCACAUGAAGGGAUUACAAAUUCUGUGAUGUCAGAAUGUAAGACUCCUUUCAAGUUGAUGAUGGGGGCCUCAAAUGCCAUGGGUAGGCUGUAUGUGCAAGAGAUGACUGGAAGCCAGCAGCAAGAACUUCAUUCUGUCUAUCCCAGGCAGAGAUUGGGCAGUAAUGAACAUGGACAGAAGUCUCCGUAUCGAGGCAGUCAUGGAGGAAUGGCUAGUCCAGCUUCAUCAGGAUCACAAAUAUAUGGAGAUGGCUCGAUCUCUCCUAGGACAGACCCACUUGGAAGUCCAGAUAUUUUCACAAGGAAUAAUUCUGGUUUUCAUGGAGCACCUAACUCUAGCCCUGUUCAUAUGAACAGAACCCCUUUAUCCCCACCUUCAGUAAUGCUACAUGGUUCUCCUGUGCAGUCAUCAUGUGCAAUGGCUGGAAGGACUAAUAUACCUCUUUCCCCAACCCUGACCACAAAAAGUCCAGUAAUGAAAAAACCCAUGUGUAACUUUUCAACUAAUAUGGAAAUGCCACGUGCAAUGUUUCACCACAAGCCACCCCAAGGCCCUCCACCACCACCACCUCCACCUUCUUGUGCUCUUCAGAAAAAGCCAUUAACAUCAGAGAAAGAUCCACUUGGCAUUCUUGACCCUAUUCCUAGCAAACCAGUGAAUCAGAAUCCUGUUAUCAUUAAUCCAAGUACUUAUCACUCAAAUGUCCACUCUCAGGUACCUGUGAUGAAUGUAAGCAUGCCUCCAGCCGUUGUCCCUUUGCCAAGUAAUCUCCCUUUGCCAACCGUAAAACCUGGUCAUACAAAUCAUGGGAGUCAUGUGCAAAGAGUUCAGCACUCUGCUUCAACCUCUCUCACACCCUCACCAGUAACAUCACCAGUUCAUAUGAUGGGAUCUGGAAUUGGAAGGAUUGAGGCUUCGCCCCAAAGAUCACGCUCAUCUUCCACGUCAUCUGAUCAUGGAAAUUUCAUGAUGCCUCCAGUAGGACCACAGUCAUCUUGUAGUAACAUCAAAGUUCCUCCUCGAUCACCGAGGUCAACAAUAGGAUCUCCUAGACCAUCGAUGCCAUCAAGUCCUUCUACCAAAACUGAUGGACUCCAUCAAUAUAAAGACAUCCCUAAUCCGUUGAUUGCUGGAAUGAGUAAUGUAUUAAAUCCUCCAAGCAAUGCAGUUUUUCCAUCUGCAUCUGCUGGAAGUGGGCCCAUGAAAAGUCAGCCUGGCUUGCUGGGAAUGCCUUUAAAUCAGAUCUUGAACCAGCACAAUGCUGCCUCUUUUCCAGCUAGUAGUUUACUCUCAGCAGCAGCCAAAGCACAGCUAGCAAAUCAAAAUAAACUUGCUGGUAAUAAUAGCAACAGCAGUAGCAACUCUGGAACAGUUGCCAGUGGUGGCAGCAAUGAUGGACAUAGCACUUUAAACAGCAUGUUUCCUCCUACUGCCAACAUGCUUCUACCAUCAAAUGAAGGGCAAAGUGGUCGAGCAGCACUACGAGAUAAAUUGAUGUCUCAACAAAAAGACCCUUUAAGGAAAAGAAAACCACCAACCACUACAGUGUUGAGUUUGCUUAGGCAGUCUCAGUUGGAUAGUUCUGGAGUCCCUAAAUCUGGGCCUGAUUUGAUAAGAAAGCAGAACCAAGCUUCAUUUCCCAUCACUUCUAUGUCCCAGUUACUUCAAUCCAUGAGUUGUCAAAGCUCUCAUAUGAGCAGCAAUAGCACUACUGGUUGUGGGAGCUCAAAUACUGUUUUGCCUUGCUCUGCUAACCAGCUGCAUUUUACAGACACUAAUAUGAGCUCUGGUACUCUUCAGAAUUCACUGACACAGAAUAUACCUCUAAGAGGGGAAAGUAUGCACUGCCAGAAUUCAAACACUAACUUUGGCCAUGGAACUAGCCCUGGUCCAAACAACCAUCUUACAGGCUUAAUAAAUCAGAAGCAAGCCAGUGGGAAUUGUGGGGUGCUCAGUCAAUCUGGAAUGGCUUUAGGAAACUCGUUACAUCUGAACCCAGCUCAGCCAAGAAUCCAAGCAGCCUCCACUCCAGUGAUACCAAACAGCGUUGUGAGCAGUUGCAAUCAAACAAGUCCUGAAGCAGGGAGGGCAGGACCGUCAUCAUCCACUACAAUAGCUGGCACCAGUCAACCGGCCAUCACUAAGACCACAUCAGUUCUUCAAGAUGGUGUCAUCGUCACAACUGCAGCUGGAAACCCACUUCAUAGCCAGCUUCCCAUUGGGAAUGACUUUCCUUUUGUUGGACACGAACAUGCUCUGCAUUUUCCUCAGAACAGCGCUUCAAACAACAAUCUUCCGCACUCUUUGAAUUCAAAUCUCUUUAGUUCUCUACCUAUCUCUUUGCCAGUGAAUCAGCAGCACCUCCUAAACCAGAAUCUAUUAAAUAUACUGCAUGGAGAAGGCAAGUCUGAGGUCAACCUCAAUCCUUUAGGUUUUCUCAACCCAAAUGUAAAUGCUGCUUUAGCUUUGCUCUCCAGUGAUGUGGAUGGGCAGGUGCUGCAACCUGUCCAUUUUCAGCUGCUAGCAGCUCUUCUUCAGAACCAAGCCCAAACAGCUGCCAUGUUCCCCUUAGCACCUUUCAAUCUGUCCAUCUCAGAUCUGUUACAGCAACAGCAAAACAAUCCAGUGCCCUCAGUAACACAGAUGACAGCCCCGCCACCAGAUCAUUUGCUAAGCAGUCAGUCAGACACCAACAGAGCUGAGACCCUGUUAACCAGCCCCCUGGGAAACCCUUUCCCAAUCUUUUCAGGCGCAGACACUACUUCAAAUCCCCUCUUCCUCCCAGCUGUCACUGGGGCCUCAGGAUUAAUGACCUUGAAUCCCCAGCUGUUGGGAGGUGUUCUGAACUCUACAUCGGGAAACACUGCUAAUCAUCCAGAGGUUUCCAUAGCAAUCUCCUCCCAGGCUACCACUACCACAGCCACUACAUCAUCAGCAGUGGCAGCACUGUCUGUCUCAACACUUGGUGGGACAGCAGUGGUGUCAAUGGCAGAAACAUUGCUGAGCAUAUCUAAUAAUGCUGGGAGUACAUCUGGUCCAGCUAAACUCAACAGUAACUCUGUGGUGCCACAGCUACUUAACCCUCUACUGGGGACAGGUCUACUUGGUGACAUGUCAUCAAUAAACACAGCUCUUAGUAACCAUCAGCUAACGCAUCUGCAGUCCCUGUUCAACAACAAUCAGAUGUUUCCUUCAAAUCAACAGCAGCAGCUUCUCCAAGGCUAUCAGAAUCUCCAAGGUUUUCAAGGACAGCCCCCAAUUCCUGGGCCACCUAAUAAUCCAAACCCUAUGGCUUGUCUAUUCCAGAAUUUCCAGGUGAGAAUGCAGGAAGAGGCUGCUUUUCUAAACAAGAGAAUGCUCACUCAGAUGGGGAUGCCACCAAUUCCUGAAAGUCCCAACACCCCACUUCCACCUUUUCAGGAUUCUCCAUGCAACUUGCAGCAAAGGACAGAGCCAUCCGUUGGCCAGCAGACCAAGGACAACCCCAGCCUAGGUGCCCAGGGUGAUGCUUCAGUCAAUGCUAUCUACAAAGCAGUGGUAGAUGCCGCAAGCAAGGGGAUGCAAGUAGUAAUCACCACUGCAGUUAACAGUACAACGCAAAUGAGCCCCAUCCCCGCUCUGAGUGCCAUGAGUGCCUUCACAGCCUCAAUUGGUGAUCCAUUAAAUCUCUCCAGUGCUGUCAGCGCAGUAAUCCAUGGAAGAAACAUUGGCAUUUCUGAUCAUGAAGGUAGGGCAAGGAACUCUAGGGGGGCACGAAUACUGAAGAAUUCAGAACACCUAAAAAAUUCCAGUGAGGGGGAUGGCUUGGAAUACUACAAACCAACAGGUUGCAACACCCCCAAAAAACAGUGGGAAGGGGAGCAAAGCCCUGGAGGAGACAUGAACAGUUGGAAGUGUGAGGAGUUUUUAGAUCAUCAAUCCCAUAUCCACAGCAGCCCUUGCCACGAAAGACCCAACCAUGUCUCCACACUGCCCUUGGUCCAAGGCAAGCAGCAUCCAAUACUGUUACCACAGCGAAACUGUCAAAGCGAUAAAAUGUUGGAGGAGAACUUCAGGUAUAGCCAUUACAAAAGAACUAUGAUGAGUUUUAAAGAGAGACUAGAGAACACUGUGGAACGAUGCGCACACAUAAACGGAAACAGACCUCAACAGAGCAGAGGGUUUGGAGAGUUGCUGAAUGCUUCUAAGCAAGACCUGGCGGCAGUGGAGGAGCAGUCUCCGAGUUCCUCAAAUAGCUUUGAAAGUUCUCUAGUUAAAGACUACAUCCAUUACAAUGGAGACUUUAAUGCCAAAAGCAUUAAUGGGUGCGUGCCUAGUCCUUCAGAUGCUAAAAGCAUUAGUAGUGAAGAUGAUCUAAGGAAUCCCGAUUCCCCUUCUUCCAAUGAGUUGAUACAUUACAGGCCAAGGACGUUUAACGUUGGGGACUUGGUCUGGGGCCAAAUAAAAGGACUGACUUCAUGGCCUGGUAAAUUAGUAAGAGAAGAUGAUGUUCACAACUCAUGUCAACAAAGCACUGAGGAUGGGAAGGUGGAGCCCGACAAGCUGAAGACACUAACAGAAGGUCUGGAAGCUUACAACCACGUCAGAAAGAGGAAUAGAAAAAGUGGAAAGUUAAAUAACCAUUUAGAAGCUGCUAUACAUGAGGCCAUGAGUGAACUCGACAAGAUGUCUGGGAAUGUACACCAAAUUCCACAAGGAGACAGACAGUUGAAGCCUCCAAAGCCGAAGAGGAGGAAGAUCUCUAGAUAACAUUGAAUGUCUUUGUUACUGGUCCAGUACUUAAUAAAAAC